AUGUUUUCCUCAAAGAAAAAUAGUAAGUUUGAAGUUGAUGCUCCUAUAUUAUUUGGUGAUGAUGAAAAUGGUUAUUGUCUAUCAUUAGCAUUUUCAUGUAAAGAUUUUCAUGCUCGUGGUAGUCAACGUCUUUAUUCUUUAUGCUAUUUAUGUAACGAUAAAUAUCAUCUUCUUUCAUUAAUGAAACUUGUUAGUGACUGUUUGAGACAAGCUGUUCAUUGGUUACAAUAUGAUGCUAAUGAAACUUAUGAACAAGAAGGACGUAUUAAAGUAAAUACAAAUUUAAAUGGAAUAUCAACAAUAGCUACGUAUAUCUUUCGUCCACCACCAACUGUACCAUCACAACGAAUGCUUAGUGAUAUUGUACAUGAUUCAAAAUUAACAUUUCGUAUACAUGCAUUAUUUGUUUGGUUACUUCGUAUAGCUAAUUCAGCAAUAAAAGAAACACUUUUUGAUGCUCUACCAACAGAAGAACAAACAACAAAACAAGAACGAAAAGAUGUAUUUGAGGAUGAAGAUUCAACAAAUACAAUGGCAAAACGUCGACGAACAACAAUUGUUUCAAAAUCUGUAGUAAAUGGAAAUCAAAAUUCAUUAAUAAUGUCAUCAACAUUAACCAAUAAUUCUGAUAAUCAAAGUUAUUUAGCGACAUCACUUUAUUCAAUUGCUGAUGGUUAUCAGCCAAAUAUAAAUGCUUUUCAUGAUGAUGAUGAUUUUGAUUCAUUACAGUAUCAAUUUUCAUCAAAUAGUCAUGAAGCAUUUCAAAUAUUUGAAUUGUUUAUUAAAAAAUUAAAUAAUACUAAAUAUUUACAAUACAUUCUACAUAAUUGGGUUAUUGGAAAUCGUUUAAUUAUUAAAUAUACAAAUAGAAUUGACAAUAAAGAUUUAAUUCGUGCUUUAGCAAGUGUUUUUCGAUUAUUUUUGCCUGAUGGUUGUUUUCAUUUGAUUGAAGUUACAAAUCAAAUAGCACCAUGUACAGCAAAUUUAAUUUUAUUUGAUACAGAUUUAGUUUUAACAAAUGAUAUAUUAACAUCAAUAACAGAUGAUUUUAAUGAUAAUAAUUCAAUUAUUAUUAAAAUAAUACUUGAUGAUAUUGAUGAUAAUCUUCGUGUUGUUAAAUUAGAAACAUUACCACCAACAAGAUCAGAAAUUCCUAGUCAGUAUUUUUUCUUUUCUUUUUUGUUUUUGAAAUGA